AUGGCUAAGCAAAUCAUUUGCGGCUUAAAGCACAUACACGACCACGAUUCAGUUCAUCGCGACAUGAAGGCGGCCAAUAUAAUGCUGGAGCUCGUAGAGUUCCACGCCGACGGCCUUGAUCUGGGCCGAUGGGUCGUCAAAUUCACUGAUCAUGGCAUGGUGGCGUCUACUGACCACAUGGUGGAGGAAAGGUGUGGGUCGCCCUGGCAUUGCGCGCCUGAGGUCCUGGAUUCCAAGCGUUACAGCAAGCCAGCUGACAUCUUCUCUACCGGCGUCGUGCUUUUAUGCAUGUUUGCGGAAUACGACCCC